AUGGCAGGUGUGCUCAGCGGUGGCAAGCUCAAGGAUAUAGUGCACGUCAAGGACGUUGUUCAUAUAACGCUGGUGUUCAUCUUCCCGUUCAUAUCGAUAGUCCUCCUGGUGGUGAUGUUUGCAGCUCAGCAUACAGACGGGUUGAGCUUCAUGCCAGUGGUACAGAUCGACUCGUCGAGGUUGGACUUAUACAAUGGAAUGUACAGCUUGUUGCAACAGGGAUAUUCGGACAUGUCAAGUGACAACACUGUGGAGACGGUGACAACCUCCACGGUGUUGUUGAUUGCAAACCUGUCAACGGCAUUGCUGGAGUCAACGCCCAACAAGGUGUACUCCACGUUUAAGAAAUCUUGCUUCCUCUUUGACAGAUCAGAGGUGGAUGAUUCAUCAGAACUGCACGUGCUAGGAGGCACGGUGCUGAAUUCGUCAGCUUCUUUGGCGGCGUACUGUGAAGACACCAGGCUCUUCGACUACAGAACGUUGCUGGACAAUUGGGGGUAUUCGUACAUGCUGGCAUUGACGGAGACAAGCAAAGCAGACGAUAGCUCGUACCACGACUACCAGACGAGCAUAGACGCAAAGAGCGAUGCUAUAAACCGAGUACCGUCACUGUUGGUGUUUGUACUGGUGUCGCAGUUUGUUACUCUGCUGGUGUCGUUCUACAUCUGGAAUACCAGAAGACACAUCAUCGCCAGGGCCAAUACCACGUUGCUGGUUCUUGGCCAUGCGCUGUCGAUAUGGACCUUGAUCACGUUCAUCGUGGCAUUGGUGGCGUGUCUCACCAUGACGGUGAACCUGUUGUCCUUACGCUCCAUGGCAGAGGAUGACUUUGCAUCGUUCGGAGUCAAGGUCAAGCUGUGUACCAAUUUCUUCGGUGUCAUGUGGACUGUAUUUGCCAUUUCCUUCUUUACAAUGGCAGUUUGGGUUGGCCCUAUGUGGUGUUCUGCACCAGAACAUGACGAUACCGAUGAUGAUGACGCCGGCAGCGCCUACGAUUCCGACGAAGGCUACGAACUAGAACGGUUCGACACAGUGCUUGACGAUGACGACGACCUCGACUUUAAGCUUGGACGCUUAGAGAGGGACCACACUGUGGAGCACAUGCUGAGGAAGCCCUCUUUCAGCCAAUCAUCCUCUUCAGUUAACGUCAAGAAUGGCUCUUCAGUUGGUCGAAUCAUAAUUUAA